AUGCCUGCAUCGCCAGUCACCGCACCACCUAUGGGUGACCACGAAAAGACUCACUUAGACGGCAUUCUCGAACUAAUCGACGGAACUGCCUACCGAGGCUUUAGCUUUGGUGCCGAGGGGAAGAGCAUCGCGGGCGAGUGUGUCUUCCAGACUGGUAUGGUCGGGUACACGGAGUCGCUGACUGACCCCUCUUAUGAGGGUCAGAUUCUCGUUCUGACCUACCCUCUCCAGGGGAAUUAUGGAGUACCCUCUCGCAAAUCACCUCUAAAUGAACUUCCAAAAGAAUUCGAAUCUUCUCGUAUCCAUAUUGCUGCGCUAAUUGUCGGCUCUUACUCAGAAGAUUUCAGCCACUUCCUUGCGGAAUCCUCACUUGGAGCAUGGUUGAAGGAGGGCGGCGUACCUGCCCUUUUCGGCGUCGAUACCCGUGCUCUCACCAAAAGGAUCAGGGAGAAAGGGUCUCUGCUGGGAAAAGUCCUAGCUCGCGCUGAAGGAACGCGACUUAAUCCCCUUCCCUCGGUCCCAUCCACUCCCUAUCCUUGGCGAGAAGAAUAUUUGGACAUUCCCUACAGCAACCCUAACGAACAAAAUCUGGUCGCAGCAGUCUCCAUUGCUGCCCCUAAGCUUUAUAAAGCUACGACAAAAGCCCGACUUCAUCCUUCCGGUCGUCCACUACGCGUAAUUGCGAUCGACGUUGGGAUGAAACACAACCAAAUUCGCUGCUUCGUUAAACGAGGUGUUGAACUCAAGGUUGUGCCAUGGGACUAUGAUUUUCUCUCAGACUCUGAACCGUACGACGGAAUCUUCAUUUCCAACGGACCUGGCGACCCCGCCAUGGUCAAAACCACCAUCACACGACUUGCAAAGGCCAUGGAAGAAGGAGUUCUCCCCAUCUUUGGCAUCUGUUUAGGCCACCAGCUCAUGGCGUUAGCUGCUGGCGCUACGACUUCAAAAAUGAAAUACGGCAAUCGCGGCCACAACAUCCCAUGUACCGACGCUCUUUCUGGCAGGUGCUAUAUUACCAGCCAAAACCACGGUUUCCAGGUUGACACCGACACUCUUCCCUCCGGCUGGAAGCCACUCUUUACGAACGCCAACGACCAGAGCAAUGAGGGUAUAUAUUGCGAAACCAAGCCCUUCUUCUCUGUUCAAUUCCAUCCUGAGUCAAAUGCCGGUCCUCGCGAUACUGAAUUCCUUUUCGACGUUUUCAUUCAGAAUGUUGAGGACUGUGCUGCCACAGGAUCUACGGCGCCCCUCCAAAUGCCUGGGGGCAACAAGGAAGAUAAUGCGAGACGUGUUCCUCGCGCCAAAGUCAGCAAGGUCAUCAUCCUUGGCUCAGGCGGCUUGUCCAUCGGUCAAGCAGGUGAAUUCGACUACUCCGGUUCGCAAGCCAUAAAGGCGCUCAAGGAGGAGGGAAUUUACACUAUCAUGGUCAACCCUAACAUCGCCACCAUCGCGACAUCGAAAGGCUUGGCGGACAAAGUCUACUUCUUGCCCGUCACUCCGGAGUUUGUUCGAAAAAUCAUCAAAUUCGAGAAACCUGAUGGAAUCUACGUAACAUUCGGUGGCCAGACAGCUCUGAACGUCGGUAUUAAGUUGAAGGACGAGUUUGCUGAGCUCGGUGUUCAGGUUUUGGGCACUCCCAUAGAGACAAUUAUCACCACGGAGGACAGGCAGCUGUUUGCUUCCGCCAUGGAGGAGAUUGGCGAGAAGUGCGCCGAGAGCUGUACAGCGACUAACUCGGAUGACGCGGUUGCUGCUGCGAAAGCCAUUGGUUUCCCCGUCAUCGUUCGUGCUGCGUACGCACUUGGUGGUCUUGGUUCUGGAUUUGCUCAGGACGAGGAUCAGCUGCGCGCUCUUUGUACCAAAGCAUUCGCAACUAGUCCUCAAGUACUGGUCGAGAAGAGCAUGAAGGGCUGGAAGGAGAUUGAGUACGAGGUUGUCCGUGAUUGCAGAGAUAACUGUAUCACCGUUUGCAACAUGGAGAACUUCGAUCCACUUGGAAUCCACACUGGCGAUUCCAUCGUUGUGGCUCCAUCUCAAACACUUUCAGAUUCGGACUAUAACAUGUUGCGAACGACGGCAAUCAACGUCAUCCGCCAUUUGGGUGUGGUUGGUGAAUGUAAUAUCCAGUACGCUCUCAAUCCCACUUCUCAAGAAUACUGCAUUAUCGAGGUUAACGCUCGACUUUCCCGUUCGUCCGCCCUGGCCUCCAAAGCUACUGGAUACCCCCUCGCUUUCAUUGCUGCUAAGCUUGGCCUUGGGAUCCCACUCAACGAGAUCAAAAACUCCGUCACCAAAGUCACCAGUGCCUGCUUCGAGCCAAGUUUGGACUACGUAGUCGUCAAGAUUCCUCGCUGGGAUCUGAAAAAGUUCAAUCGCGUCAGUCGUCUUCUGAGCAGCAGCAUGAAGAGUGUGGGCGAGGUUAUGAGCAUCGGCCGCACAUUUGAAGAAACGUUCCAAAAAGCGAUUCGUGCGAUAGAUGAUCAGUUUUCUGGGUUUGCUAAAAAUGAUUUCGUGGAGGAUAUUGAUGAAGAGCUCGUCAACCCUACGGAUAAACGGGUCUUUGCUAUAUCAACGGCCUUCCAUCGUGGCUAUAGCAUCGACAAAAUAUGGCAGAUGACGAACAUCGAUAAAUGGUUCUUGAACAAGCUCCAAAACAUCUUUAAUCUGGAACAAUGUCUUUCUUUGACCCAUAGAACUUGCAACGCCUCGAAUCUAACAUCAGACCUCCUUCGACAAUCGAAGCAAUAUGGCUUCUCGGAUCGUCAAAUUGCUACCUGCAUCAGCUCGACUGAGCUUGCCGUUCGAAGACUCCGUCAAGAAGCGGGAAUCGCUCCAUUCGUCAAACAAAUUGAUACUGUGGCUGCGGAAUUCCCGGCCUUUACCAACUACUUAUACACCACCUACAACGCCGUUGAGCAUGACGUUGAGUUCAACGAGAGGGGUGUCAUGGUUUUAGGCUCAGGCGUCUAUCGCAUUGGCUCUUCUGUUGAAUUUGAUUGGUGCGCGGUCCGUGCCAUCCGCACCCUUCGUGAUCAAGGCCUUCAGACUGUCAUGGUCAACUACAACCCCGAAACCGUCAGCACUGAUUAUGACGAGGCCGAUAGGUUGUACUUCGAGAACAUUAGCUUGGAGACCAUCCUCGACAUUUACGACACAGAGCAAUCACGCGGUGUCAUCCUGUCUAUGGGUGGUCAAACUCCAAACAACAUUGCCCUGCCUUUACAUCGCCAGAACGUGAAGAUUUACGGGACCUCACCCGAGAUGAUCGAUACUGCCGAAAAUCGAUUCAAGUUCUCUCGCCUCCUCGAUGAAAUCGGUGUUGACCAGCCUUUGUGGAAGGAGCUCACCAGUUUCGAGGAUGCCUCUAGUUUCUGCCAGGCCGUUGGUUAUCCUGUCCUUGUCCGGCCCUCGUACGUUCUCUCCGGCGCUGCCAUGAACGUCGUGUCUACAAGUGAUGAUUUGGCGAACUACUUGACCCAAGCUGCUGAGGUAUCGCGAGAUCAUCCUGUCGUCAUCUCCAAGUACAUCGAACAGGCCAAAGAGAUUGAGAUGGACGCCGUGGCGAAGGAUGGAAAGAUGGUUAUGCACUAUAUCUCAGAGCAUGUGGAAAAUGCAGGUGUUCAUUCGGGUGAUGCCACGCUCAUCCACCCUCCUCAGGACUUGGAUCCCCAGACUGUCCGCCAGAUCGAGGAGGCGACAGCGAAGAUCGGAAACGCUCUGAACGUGACUGGGCCUUUCAAUAUCCAGUUCAUUGCCAAGAACAACGAGAUCAAGGUCAUCGAGUGUAAUCUGCGGGCCGCACGGUCGUUCCCCUUCGUGUCAAAAGUCACUGGCGUCGAUGCAAUUGAGAUGGCCACCAAAGUCAUGCUCGGCAUCCCAGUAGAGCCUUAUCCUGAUCUCAAUCUCCCGCCCGACUAUGUUGGUGUCAAAGUACCCCAAUUUAGUUUCAGUCGGCUGUCCGGGGCCGACCCUAUCCUAGGCGUAGAGAUGGCUUCUACUGGAGAGGUGGCUUGUUUCGGCCAUGACAAGUACGAGGCGUAUCUGAAGGCGCUGAUAUCAACUGGUAUCGUUCCACCCAAGAAGAACAUACUUCUCUCCAUCGGUAGUUAUCGUGAAAAGCUCGAAAUCCUUCCCUCGGUUCAGAAGCUGAGCGCUGCGGGAUACAACAUAUUUGCCACAUCCGGAACUGCAGAUUUUCUCACUGAACAUAAUGUUGCUUGCAAGUAUCUUGAGACCCUUGGAGAGGACAGUCGUGACGAGCAAAAGUCGGAAUAUUCCCUCACACAGCACUUAGCGAACAAUCUCAUUGACUUGUACAUCAAUUUGCCCUCGAAAAACCAUUAUCGUCGCCCAGCCAGCUAUACCAGUAAAGGGUAUCACACCCGCAGAAUGGCUGUUGACUUCGCCAUCCCUCUUAUCACCAAUGUCAAAAAUGCGAAGAUGCUCGCAGAAGCCCUGGUACGCAACAUGUCCCUCGACGUUUCGAACGUCGACGCCAAGACUUCUCAUCGUACGCAUACAUUCCCCGGACUCUUCAACGUGGCUGCCUUUGUGCCCGGUCUUAUUACUCCGAAUAGCAAGGAUUUGGCAGCGGCAACGGAAGCUGCCGUCAGCGCUGGUUUUACCACCUCUAUCGUCCUUCCUACUGCCAUCAGCAACUCCAUCUCUGAUCGCCCAUCUCUUGAGCAAGCUCGAUCCAACGCUCUUGCUGCAACCCAUUGUAACAUUGCACUUGGAAUCACUGCAACAUCGAGCAACGUUGACUCUUUAGACAAAGAGCUUCAAGCGGAGGUUAAGCUCUUGUUCAUCCCUUCCUCGACACCACUCUCUUCUGUCGCUGCUCAUUUUUCCUCGUGGCCCGCGGAAAAGCCAAUCGUCACCGAUGCCAAAGGGUCUGAGCUCGCAUCUGUUCUUCUCUUGGCCAGUCUUCACAACCGCACCGUUCAUGUCACAGACGUACGGUCCAAGGAUGAUUUGAUUCUGAUCUCCUUGAGCAAAGGAAGACAACUGAAGGUCACCUGCGAUGUGUCGAUUCAGUCUCUUUUCUUUACAUCAGAACAGUACCCAGGGACGACUUCUCUUCCCUCAGCUGCUGACCAGAAAGCAUUAUGGCAAAAUCUUGACACGAUUGACGUGUUCUCCGUCGGUUCAACACCUUACUGUCUUGCUGUAGAAUCCGGAAAGCUUGCCUCGUCCGAGUCUGGUGUAGAAGAAGCACUGCCUCUGCUCUUGACAGCUUUCACAGAGGGACGACUUACCCUCGAUGAUAUCCGCAUUCGUUUGCAUGAUAACCCCGUUCAAAUUUUCGCCAUUCCGGAUCAGACCCAAACCCACGUCGAAGUCAUUAUCGGACGCAAGACUCCGUUUUCGAAACGGUCACAGUGCUGGUCACCUCUGGAACAAACAUCGGUUUCCGGAUCUAUUCACCGUGUCGUCUUCCAUGGACAGACGGUCUUUUUGGAUGGGUCUUUGUUCCCUGCUGCUCUUGGACGAGAUGUCUCAGCAACUGCCGUUGCACAUCCCACUGUCAUCCCAGCUCCUUCGGUUUUAAAAGAGGAUAUAUCAUCACAUGCAAACGCCAUUUCAUUAACAACCACCAGCUCAACUCAUCCCCCUGCCGGACAUCAUCAAUUCACUCAAAGAGAUCUAUACGAUCUCUUUGCGCUUGCAACGGAAAUAAGACUCCAGGUCGAACGCACCGGCACGCUUGACAUUCUCAAAGGCAAGGUGCUCGCCAGCAUCUUCUAUGAACCUUCUACUCGCACUAGCUCUUCUUUGGACGCUGCUAUGAAACGAUGUGGGGGACAAGUGGUGCAGGUCGCAGCGGAUAAUUCGUCGGUUCUCAAGGGAGAAUCGUUGCCUGACACUAUUCGGACGCUAGCCUGUUACGGAGAUGCAAUUGUCAUCCGUCAUCCUGAUGUAGGAAGCGCGCAGCUGGCAGCCAAAUACUCUCCUGUCCCCAUCAUCAAUGCUGGUGAUGGCAUCGGAGAACACCCAACACAGGCACUGUUGGAUAUUUACACAAUCCGUUCGGAACUGGGUACUGUCAACGGGCGUACCAUUACACUCCUUGGUGACCUCAAAAACGGACGAACGGUCCACAGUUUGGUGACAUUGCUGUGCCUCUACUCCGUUCAAUUGAACUUUGUUUCUCCUCGUUCCCUCGCCAUGCCUUCCAGCGUCAUAUCUGCCGCCAGGAAGGCGGGAAUUCCUGUCACGAUCUGUGAGUCGCUCGACGAGGUGCUGGACGACACGGAUGUUCUGUAUAUUACGCGGGUGCAGAAGGAGCGAUUUGACGACGAGAAGGAGUGGUUGCAGGUCAAGGACGCAUAUCGAGUGGACCACGCUGUUCUUUCCAGGGCAAAGGAAGAUAUGAUUGUCAUGCAUCCCUUGCCGAGAGUUAAUGAAAUUGACCCAGAAGUCGACUUCGAUUCCAGGCGGGCGGUGUACUUCAGGCAAAUGCGUUAUGGUCUUUUCGUUCGCAUGGCGCUGCUCGCUAGUGUCAUGGCGUAG